GUCAGAGUUUGAAUCCUUUUUUUCCUAACACCAACAGUUCCUCUGUGUAAAUUAUAGGCUAAAUAGAGGAAAAAAUAAGGAGAUAUCCACAGACUGAAAAGAUGUUUUCAGAGGCAUAGUCUUCAGGAAGAUACUGGCAUUCAUGAGAUCUCAAGGUACAUGUGACAGCGCUGCAGCUAUGAGUGGAAUUUUAAAGAGGAAGUUUGAAGAAGUUGACGGCUCCUCGCCCUGCUCCUCCGUGAGGGAAUCUGAUGAUGAAGUUUCCAGCAGUGAAAGUGCUGACAGUGGGGACAGUGUCAAUCCAUCCACCUCUAAUCAUUUCCCCCCUUCCUCCAUCCUCAAAAGGGAGAAGCGGCUGCGGACCAGGAAUGUGCAUUUCAGCUGUGUCACCGUGUACUACUUCACCAGGAGGCAGGGCUUCACGAGCGUGCCCAGCCAAGGGGGCAGCACGCUGGGCAUGUCCAGCCGCCACAACAGCGUGCGCCAGUACACGCUGGGCGAGUUCGCCCGGGAGCAGGAGCGGAUCCACCGGGAGAUGCUAAGAGAACACCUCAGGGAGGAAAAACUGAACUCUUUAAAACUAAAGAUGACGAAGAAUGGCACCGUGGAGUCUGAAGAAGCGAGCACUCUUACAGUGGAUGACAUUUCUGAUGAUGAUAUUGAUUUAGACAACACAGAAGUAGACGAAUACUUCUUCCUACAACCCCUGCCAACAAAAAAACGAAGAGCACUGCUGCGGGCGUCCGGAGUGAAAAAGAUCGAUGUGGAGGAAAAGCACGAGCUGCGAGCCAUCCGCCUGUCGCGAGAGGACUGUGGCUGUGACUGCCGCGUGUUCUGUGAUCCAGAAACGUGUACCUGUAGCCUGGCAGGCAUUAAGUGUCAGGUGGAUCGAAUGUCUUUCCCGUGCGGCUGCACUAAAGAAGGAUGUAGCAACACAGCAGGUAGAAUUGAAUUUAAUCCUAUCCGUGUCCGGACUCACUUUUUGCACACAAUAAUGAAACUUGAACUGGAGAAAAACCGAGAGCAGCAGAUCCCCACGCUGAACGGCUGCCAUGGUGAGAUAAGUGCUCACAGUAGUUCCAUGGGCCCUGUCGCUCACUCUGUAGAAUAUUCUAUCACAGACAAUUUUGAGAUUGAAACUGACCCCCAGGCUGCAGUACUGCACUUGCAGUCCGCUGAGGAAUUAGAUUGCCAAGGAGAGGAGGAGGAAGAGGAGGAGGAGGAGGAGGAUGGGAGCAGCUUCUGCAGCGGUGUCACUGAUUCCAGCACACAGAGCUUGGCACCCAGUGAGUCAGAUGAGGAGGAGGAAGAGGAAGAAGAGGAGGAGGAAGAGGAAGAGGAGGAGGAUGAGAAAGGAGACAGUUUCAUGGAAGGUUUGGGUACCCAUGCUGAAGUUGUCCCUCUUCCUUCCGUCCUGUGUUAUUCUGAUGGCACCGCCGUGCACGAAAGCCACGCGAAAAAUGCUUCUUUCUAUGCCAACUCUUCAACUCUGUAUUACCAAAUAGAUAGCCACAUUCCAGGAACUCCUAACCAGAUCUCUGAGAACUAUGCCGAAAGAGAUACUGUCAAAAAUGGUACCCUCUCGCUGGUGCCUUACACCAUGACCCCAGAGCAGUUCGUGGACUAUGCCCGACACGCAGAAGAGGCCUACGGCACCUCCCACUACCCAGCCGCCAACCCCUCUGUCAUCGUUUGCUGCUCGUCCUCGGAAAAUGACAGCGGUGUGGCCUGCAAUAGCUUAUAUCCCGAACACAGGUCCAGUCAUCCUCAAAUGGAAUUUCACUCAUACUUGAAAGGCCCCUCCCAGGAGGGGUUUGUCUCUACAUUGAAUGGCAGUCACAUUUCAGAGCAUUCUGCUGAAAAUCCUUUGAGCCUUGCCGAAAAGAGCAGACUGCACGAAGAGUGCAUCAAAUCACCCGUGGUUGAGACCGUCCCUGUCUAGUAGCCUACGUCAUUCUAGGACCAAGUCUUCUAUUUAAAGCGCUGUAUUUAAUUGGAUUGCCUGGGCUCGUGGUUGUUUAAACUGAGGACCAAGAAAACUUGGACUGUGAUGAAUCUUCCAGACUGUACUUUGUUUUCCCCUUCCUAGCUGUGUGUCUGUGGCAUUGCACAAAUACAGUCUCUGUGAGGAUUUUAAA